AUGAUCGAAGAAAGCUUAAACUUCGACCACAGUAAUAGUGAAGCACAUGUCUUCCCUACCAUUAUUGAAGGAACCACCAUCCUCCCAAUUCUGCAGACCUGGAAGCAGUUCCUUGUAGUUUCCUUUGCUGCUGUUGCUUCCCCAGUGUCUGCUACUUGUCGCUGGUGUAGCUCCCACAAGCACAUCUACUACUUGGACAAAUAUUUUGAUGAACAUUAUGAAUACAGGCAUCUUAUGUUACCCAAAGAACUUUCCAAACAAGUACCAAAAACCCAUCUGAUGUAUGAAGAGGAGUGGAGGAGCCUGUGUGUCCAGCAGAGUCUUGGAUGGGUUCAUUAUAUGGUUCAUGAGCCAGAACCACAUAUUCUGCUCUUUAGAAGACCUCUUCCAAAAGAACAACAAAAGUGA